CGCCGUUUUUGUUAUUCGUGUAAACGCUUUGAAAUUCCAGCCGUUGUCCAGAGAGAGAGAGAGAGAGAGAGGGGGGAGGGACAGAGAGGAGAGAAUCAAGAAUCAACCCAACAUCAAUUGAAGUGAAAACCCACCCCCAGAUUCUUUCAAAUUUUCCUUUUUGCCCUUCCAAUUCAACCUUCAAAACUUUGUUGCUUUCUUCUUCUCUGGCCUCUCCUGAUAAGUCUCUCUUCCUCUGUCUUUCAAAGACGACCAUGUUUGGAGAGAAACAACAUCUCUCCAACGUUGAGGCAGAAAGCUCACAAAACCAAGCAGUCCCAAAAGAGAAAAUAAGUUUGUCUCACAAGGGGAUUGAUUUUCUCGCGGAGUCUAAGAUGGGUUUCGAUGGGUUUGCCUCAAAACCUCAGGAGCUUACUCUCAGCUACCUUUGUGAAAAUCCCAAAUUUGGCUCCACUCAAAAGGGCAAAGAAGUGAUCUUUUCAGAGAAUUCAAAUCAAGAUGAGAAGUGGGUAGAGAGAGAUUUCAUGAAUCUCAGUGAAACCAAAUCCAAUUCUUCUUCAAAAAGGGAAGUUCAAGAAGAAGAAGGUAUUGAGAGGGAGAAUUCCUCCAGAGACAAGAAGCCAAAGCUAGAAAGUACUUUGAAUCUUUCUCUAGCUUUGCCUGAUGUAUCUCUCUCUCUAACUGCAUCAAAUGCAUUGCAAAAUGCUGAGCCUGUGAUUAAGCCGAAGCCUAGCAGGAGUAUACAGUCCUUAGGUGCCGCACCAUCAAAUAACAACACACAGACAACUUGUUCUAACGAUUUCACCGCAGUUUCACUUUCGUACUCGUAUUCUCACCCAUUUUCACACAAUCCUAGUUGCUCCUUGACCCGUAACUCAACUGAGAAUUAUGAUUAUUCUGUAGGAAGAGAUGAUCAAAUUUGGUGUGGAGGGGAAGGGACUAAUGGAUCGGUUCAUAGUCGGUUUAGGCCUAUUGGAGAUGGGCUUGUUGCUUUGAACAAUAACAAUCAUGGAGGCGGUGGCAAUGGAGGAUUUUCUAUGAUGCAGGGUCAUCGUGUAACGAAUAAGGAUUCGUGUAAUAACAGUCUCUAUAGAACUGCUAGUUCUGACAAUCUUUCAUUUUUCCCAUCUGAAUUGCCCGCUAAGCCCCGUUUAGAUGCUUAUUCAGGUGAUUCUAGGAGAAGGGAUUCGGAGAAUAUGAGAGGUGUGGAGGGUGUAGAUGGAGGAGGAAAGGCACGAAAGCUCUCUAGACCAGAGAGAAUUCUUCGUGAAAUUGUAUCGGAGUCUAUUCCUGUUAUGGCUCAGAUAAUUCAGGAGCUGGCCGAUGAAACAUUAGACUCUACCAAGGAGUACUUAAAGAAUCUCAUUGUGAUGCCUGAAAAGAGAGAAGAAUUAAUAGGUCUUCAACACAGACUUGAGAGAAGAUCUGAUCUUUCUAAGGAGGCUCUCUCCAAAUGCCAAAAGGACCAGCUAGAGAUUUUGGUUGCAGUGAAAAUGGGGCUGGCAAGUUUUAUGUCUGGGAAAAUUAGGCUUCCAGCAAAUGAAUUGGUGGAAAUUUUCUUGUAUAUGAGGUGUAGGAAUGCGACUUGCAAGAGUAUAUUGCCUGUCGAUGAUUGUGACUGUAAGUUUUGCAGUGCAAACAAGGGAUUUUGCAGCUCCUGCAUGUGUCCAGUAUGUAUGAAUUUUGACUGUGCUAAUAAUACUUGCAGUUGGGUUGGGUGUGAUGUUUGUUCCCAUUGGUGUCAUGCUGCUUGUGGUAUUCAAAAAAAUCUCAUUAGGCCAGGUCCUAGCUUGAAGGGGCCAAAAGGGACUACAGAGAUGCAAUUUCACUGCAUUGGGUGUAAUCAUGCUUCAGAAAUGUUUGGAUUUGUCAAGGAUGUGUUUGUUUGCUGUGCAAAGGAUUGGGGUCUGGAGACCCUAAUCAAAGAACUCGACUGUGUGAGGAGGAUUUUCAAAGGAAGUGAUGAUUUUAAGGGCAAGGAGUUGCAUGUUAAAGCUGGGGAGCUGCUCUCCAAGCUUGAGAGUAAAAUUGUAUCUCCUUCGGAUGCCUGUAACAUCAUUAUUCAGUUCUUCAACUGUGCAGACAGUAUUUCUGAUUUUCCUGCUUCUGGCAUGUCUGCAAAAGAAUUAAUGCCAACCGAAGCUAGUCUUAGAAAAGAUAAUGCUUCUAUACCAGCCGCCACUUCCCUUCAUCCAAAAUAUGCUUUAUACAAUAUGAGCUCUUCAAGUGACCGGCGUGAUUCACUCUCAAACGAUCUCCACAGAAAUAACAUCAAGGCUGCACUCCUUGGUGACCUAAAAAUCAAUGAUGAGUUUCAGUUUGGAAAGCUGUCAAAGAAAGAUGGACUCGAGAGCUUAGAAAGCAUAGUACGGAUCAAAGAAGCAGAAGCCAGAAUGUUCCAGAGCAAGGCAGAUGAAGCACGAAGAGAGGCAGAAGGCUACAGGAGGAUGAUUCGGGCAAAAUCUGAGAAGUUGGAAGAAGAGUAUGCAGAGAAGCUUGCAAAACUGUGUUUGCAGGAGACUGAGGAAAGGCGGAGGAAAAAAUUGGAUGAACUGAAGGUUUUAGAAAAUUCGCAUUCUGACUACUACAACAUGAAGUUAAGAAUGCAAGCAGAGAUUGCUGGUUUGCUGGAAAGAAUGGAGGCCACAAAACAAAAAUGGGUGUAAUCUAAUCCUAUCUACCCUUUUCUUUUAUUUUUGUAACAGAGAUCAACUUAUAGUUGUGUAAUUUUGUUUACCUCUUCACCCACCAUCAACUUAAGCUUGUUUCUCCAGAUGCUAAAAGGCAUGGUUUUUUCAGUUUCAAAUUUCCAGCUUUGGAAGUUCAUGUCUUUAUUGGAAAGAGCAAUGAGAAACCAGGAGGAAAAAGAAAAUUGUUGUUUGUA